UCCCGCACAGCAUACUUUAUCCUGAGGAUAUUCCAUAUUGGCAAAGCGAUCUUACGGAUAUCCUAUUCAGAAUAUCCAAAGAAAAUAUCGUAAAACAUCGUAAGAUAUCACAAGAUAUCCUAUUAAUAUCUUAAGAUAUUCUACCAUAUUCAUAUCUCUCCAUCACCCAACACAGUUCUCCAAGAAAUGUCCUAAGGAUGCCCAAAGUACAACAAAGAUAACAAUCACAUAUAUACACACGCAUAUAUACUUGUGAUAUCUCAUGGAGUUCUUUGGAUAUCUCACGGAUGUCAUCUAAGACGUCCGUGGGAUCUCACAUAUGUGGACGCUUGUACAUCUCUGGAUGUCCGUUGGAUAUGAAACCAUCCACGGAUAUCAUAAAAUUAAUGCGAUAUUCUAAAAUGACUUCCAUUGGACAUGUCUAGGAUAAAGUGUGCUGUGUGGAACGUGUGAAGAAAAGGGUUCGGCCCUGGAGAACAAGAAUGGAAUUACGUUCAAGUGCGCCCCAACGCGAAUAUGUUCUGGUGGCUUUACUAUACUACGGCAAAGAUUAAUUCGUAUUACGACAAACCGUUACUCAUCUGGUUGCAAGGUGGACCAGGCGGAUCCUCAACAAGUUAUGGAAAUUUCGAAGAAUUGGGUCCCUUCGAUGUGAACCUGAAUCCGAGGAAUUAUACUUGGGUCAAGAAUUAUAAUGUUCUCUUCAUCGACAAUCCUGUUGGUACCGGAUACAGUUACGUUAAAAGCAAAUCGGCAUACACGCGGACAAACACGCAGAUCGCAAAGGACCUCGUGGAAUGUAUGCAAGGAUUCUAUAAAGAAUUACCGAAAUUCGAAGCUGUUCCGACGUAUAUCACAACUGAAUCGUAUGGCGGAAAAAUGGGCGUGGAGUUUGCGUUACUCUGGUAUCGAGCUCAGAAAGCUGGUACCAUCAAGAGUAAUCUAAAAGGAAUCGCACUCGGAGACUCUUGGAUCUCUCCUAUCGACUCCGUAAUGACAUGGGCACCAUUUUUGCUCAACACAGGUAUGGUGGACACAGAAGGUUUCAAAGAAAUUGAUGCUGCAGCACAAAAAGUAAAAAACAAUGUCGAGCUUGGCAAUUGGAGAAGUGCGACUAAAGAAUGGGCUAAUACAGAAAUGAUCGUUUUAAAGAAGACUGACAAUAUUGACUUUUACAAUAUUCUUGCAAAGCAGCCUCCGUUAUGGUUUUACGAUUAUCAAAAUUUUUCCUUACUUUACAAAUCUGUCAUGAUGUAUCUAAAUCUCAAUACAGAUGAGGCUUACUCACUCGAACAAUUGAUGAACGGUCCAGUAAAGAAAGCGCUUGAUAUAGAAUUCGUUCACGGCAGUCAAUCCUCUGACGUUUUUGAGUACUUAGCAGAAGAUUUUAUGAAACCUGUUACUCACAUAGUGGAAACGUUACUUAAUGAAACCGACUUGAACGUAUUUGUGUACAAUGGACACAUGGAUUUGAUUGUCGAUACACCAGGCACUCUUCACUGGGUCGAAAAACUGAAAUGGAAAAACGCUGACACCUGGAAAAAUUCAAAAAGGAACUCGCUAGUCGUUAAAUCCAUCAUUGAGGGCUAUUUCAAGGUUAAAGAUAACCUUAGGAUGUAUUGGGUCAACAGAGCCGGACAUAUGGUACCGAAGGACAACCCGGUAGCUCAGGAGAAAAUACUACAGGAUUUGACGAGCAAUGCAUACACGUGAAGAAAAGAGAAAUCUGAUCUGAUGUUUUCAUUUUAUACUUAAAUGAAUGUAAUUGAUAUAAUUGUAUUCAGUCCUUUCAAUAAAAUUUUUUAAUCAAAGAGUGAUAAUGCCUAUGAGAGCCGAACACAGGAUGUACGCGUGUAAUAAAUUUAUUCAAUAC